CCCGAUUACGGCGGGCCAGCGCGGGAGGGAGCGCAGCGGCCCGCGCCAUGGAGGCUCCGCCGGUCACCAUGAUGCCCGUCACGGGCGGCACCAUCAACAUGAUGGAGUAUCUGCUCCAAGGAAGCGUUUUGGACCAGAGCCUGGAGAGCCUCCUGCACCGCCUGCGCGGCCUGUGUGACAACAUGGAGCCGGAGACCUUCCUGGACCACGAGUUGGUGUUCCUGCUGAAGGGGCAGCAGGCCAGCCCCUUCGUGCUGCGGGCACGGCGCUCCCUGGACAAGGGAGGGAUGCCCUGGCAUCUGCGUUACCUAGGACAGCCCGAAAUUGGCGACAAGAGCCGCCAUGCCCUUGUGCGCAACUGCGUGGACAUCGCUACCUCGGACAACCUGACGGACUUCCUGGUGGAGAUGGGUUUCCGCAUGGACCACGAGUUCGUGGCCAAGGGGCACGUGUUCCGUAAGGGCAUAAUGAAGAUUGUGGUGUACAAGAUAUUCCGCAUCCUGAUGCCGGGCAAUACGGAGAAUAUCGAGCCCCUCUCCCUCUCGUACCUGGUGGAGCUCAACGUGGUAGCACCAGCGGGACAGGAUGUUGUUUCUGACGACAUGAGGAACUUUGCAGAGCAACUGAAGCCUCUGGUGCACCUGGAAAAAAUCGACCCCAAAAGACUAAUGUGACUGAAAAGCCAGGUGGUUUAAGGUGGUGUUUUUUUUAGUGUUCCAGGUGUUUUUUUAGUGUUUUUCUAAAAUGCCUUAUGAAGGCAAAAUCAAAACAUGGAGCAGGGGGAAUAAAGGACUAGACAUCAGUGUUUUGUCAGCCCCAUUUGCUGAGUGUUUUUUCUUUCAUUUGUGGACGUGAACAAAAAG